UCACAAGAAUUACCUAUUUCAAGCUUUAUGUCAACAUGCAUGACAUGAUAUAAAAUGCCGACAGCCACCCUGAAAUUAGAACACCAAGACACAGCACUGCUUUAAAACUCUGGCUAGGUUUUGUUAAGCUAUACUACUAAUGGAAGUGUUGGUUGGUCUCCGUGUGGUUCGAGGGCCAGACUGGAAGUGGGGCAACCAGGACGGAGGGGAGGGGACAGUCGGUACGGUAGCAGAGAUUGAGGGUGGGGUCCAUGGUACGGAGGGGGGCACCACUACCGGACAUGCCGUGGUUGUACAAUGGGACGGUGGGAACAGGUGUAACUAUCGCUGUGGGAUAGACGGGAAGUACGACCUGCUCGUGUAUGACAGUGCUGCAGUGGGCAACCAUCAUAUGAACAUCGUGUGUGACUCGUGUAGAGAGAGCCCUAUUAUCGGGAUACGCUGGAAGUGUGCAAGCUGCUAUGACUACGACCUUUGUACUGUGUGCUACUACGCGGGGAAGCAUGCUCUGGAGCACCCAUUUGUCAGAAUGGACUCCGACAAGGGGAAGAGAAUUCAACUUGAGCAACGCAAAGGUGCCAAACGUACUAUGGCUAAAGGGAUUUUCCCUAAUUCUGAGGUCGUCAGAGGUCACGACUGGCUCUGGGGAGACCAGGACGGUGGUAUUGGUAGCUAUGGCAAGGUGUUUGAGUUACAAGGAUGGGGCAACGAGUCCAAGCGGAGUGUGGUGGAGGUUGAGUGGAGAGUGAGCAAGAAGAAAAAUGUGUACAGAGUUGGACACAAGGGAAAGGUGGAUAUCAAGUGCACUUCGUGUAGUAACGGUGGCUACUACUAUUCUGAACACCUGGCAGUAUUAGGUGCCCCUUACCCAGAGUCACAGCUGGCUCCACCCUCUACCUUCACACAAGGAGACAGUGUGAGAGUCACACUGGAUGUGGAGGUAUUCAAGCUCAUGCAGGAGGGGCAUGGUGGUUGGAAUGAUCAGAUGACACAGAUUAUCGGUGAAGUUGGCACAGUGCAAGUAGUUCAAGCAUCAGGUGAUCUACGAGUGAGAUUCUCCAGCGGAAAGAUUUGGACCAUGAACUCUGAAUCUGUGACAAAGGUGACAUCUUUCUCUGAGGGAGACGUUAUUCGUAUCCUUGACGAUAUUGCGGAAGUGGGAAGCCUUCAAAAGGACCACGGAGGGUGGGUGGACGACAUGGCCCUGGCGCUGGGUCAGGCUGGCCGAGUGAUGAAAGUGUUUCCCUCUGGAGAUGUUCGAGUGGCAGUCAAUGGUCGAGUGUGGACGUUCAACCCUCAGGCCAUGGUAGCUGCCCCGGAUGAGAACCCUCCUGAAGUGCCAGAGUCUGCAGGAGGGCUGGACAGUGACGACAUUGGACUGCAUCUCAAGAUCCUCUCCCUCCUCGAGAACCCGGCCGUCAUCGUGGCAGCUGCUGCAGCCGGAGAUGCCAACACUCUCAGAGAGUUCCUACGCAAACAUCCCACUGAGGUGAACACCAAGGCAGCUGGCAAGGCGGCCAUCCACUGUGCCUGUGCAGCUGGCAAUGUGGACGUGCUCAAGGUCAUCAUGGAGUUCGCCCCCAAUGUGGAAGUGGGGGAUGAAGAUGGUGACAGACCACUGCAUCUCUGUGCUUACAGUGAUGAAGAUGAAGCCACGACCAUUCUUAUCGAUGCUGGAGCUGAUGUCAACUCUAAGAAUUCUAAGGGGGCGUCCCCUCUCAUUAUAGCAGCUGUCAAGGGCCACUACAGUGUGCUGAGGAAGCUAGCCAACCAUCCCAACAUCAAGCUCCAUGAGCAGGAUUCCGAUGGAGACACUGCACUUCACUGCGCCGUCCUCGCUCAGAAAAAUGAGAGUGUGACGAUCCUAUUGGACGCUGGAGCAGACCCCACCCUCCUCAACUUCAGACUAUUCACACCAAUCCACGAGGCUGCUCGUAUUGGGUUCCUACCAGCUGUGGAGCACUUCAACCGUCGGUUUGUAGAGCACAUCAACCUGCUCAAGGACGACGGGUACACUCCCCUCCACCUGGCAGCACUUAAUGAUCACCUGGACGUUGUCACUGCCUUCGCUGAAGUGGUGCAGUGUGACCUCAAUGCUAAGACCAACCAAGGUCAGACAGCACUUCAUCUUGCUGUCCACCAAGGUCACGCUCGUAUCAUCGAGAGACUGGUGGGGUUCGGGGUAGACAUGAAUAUUCUAGACAGUGAUGGAGACACACCUCUUCACAUGGCCGUGGUCAAGGAGACAGUGGACAACCUCACACAAGAGACUCCUCAACUCAAGAAGGUGAAAGACAGGUUGCCUGGUCAGCAGCUGAAGGCGGUUAUUCCGUGCUUCCUAGUACAAGAAGGUUCAGAGAUGUUCAAGACUAACAAGAAGGGUCGAAAUCCAUUGGAGGUUUGCUCACCUGACGUAGCAACCAUCGUCAUGGGAUUCGACAAGGACGGUGGAGGUGUGAAGUUCCAUGGUAGUCUGAAAUCACCUGCUCCCCCAGUGGUGGUUCAGGGCACACAGAGAGGACCUUUGGUGUACCCUACUCCCCUGCGUACUGGCAGUGCCACCCACCACCCACCCACAGCUUCUCUGCCAGUUGGAGUUAUGGACACUGCUGGAGCCACUGGAGGUGGUAGUGUGGGUGUGGCCAUUGAGCCGUGCUUCCUGUGUGAGGCUCCAGUGGAUGUCAAGUUUGAGCCAUGUGGUCACGCUGUCAUGUGUGCAGAAUGUGCACAGAGAGCCAAGAGAUGCCCCAUUUGCAAAGCUGCAGUCAAGACUAUCUCCAAGCUGUCCAAGGUUUGUGUGAUGUGUAAUGAAGAGGAGGCCACAGCCACUGUCAAGCCAUGUGAUCACACCUUCUGUCCAGAAUGUGCCCGGAGGAUGAAGACAUGCUUCGAGUGUCGAGUGCUUAUUACUGCAAAAGAGGGACUACCCCCCGUCUCGGCCACCAGUGUCCAUCCGCUGGCCAGCCCUGACUCUGAAUCUAAUUGUCCUAUUUGUCUGACAGAGCCUAAGAACACGGCCUUCCUCUGUGGACACCAGACAUGCUGGGACUGUGCACAGAAGGUCGACCAUUGCCCAGUGUGCAGGAAGUUUGUGACUCAUAGAAUUCAGUUGUUCCAGUGACAAUUUAGCAUUUGUUUCGUUUCUUUCUUUUCUGACUUUGUAUAUCUUAUGCAGACUGUUUUGAUUUUAUGGGCUCCGUUUUAAUUGGUUUGUACACGUGCAGUGAACAUUAGACAACUUUUGUGUGUAGUGUUAAUUGUUGUUUCGUUAUUUAUGUCAAUUAUUAGUUACCAUGUUUAAUUGUAUACUCUUUUGAUAACGUUUGAUAACGUAA